CGGGUCCCUCUGUCCCUAUGCUGACAGCACGUACAGUGGGUUCGGAGAAGACGCCACUGAUCCCCGCUGGGCGCAUUUGUCGUCCUACUAGCCACGGACACCGUUUGGUUCUCCAUCUCCAUCGUCAUGAAAGCCGACGUAAUCAUUCUCCUGCACGGAAUAACGGAGCAAUGGCGGCAUAACGACGUGUUAUCAUUUCGUCUUUCUUCUCUCUUAUGGGUAUCAUCAAUAUUGCAUAGCAGCGAGCAGGGCAUGGGUAGCGACGGCGUUGAAAGGGUCAUCAUCUAUUUUUUUUUGUUUUUACUUUCUUAUUUAGUCGGCAUGGAUCUUACGUAUACCCCGAAUCCAUCCAUCCAUUUGUUUUCUUAUACAUCUCUUCGUUUUCUUUCUGCCUGUUACCGCCUAUCAGUGCAUUGCGUCACGAGUGGGUGAGCCUAUUCUACGUUACAUACCACAUACACGUACAAUAUGAAUCCUGCUCUCUAUUUCUAUGCCCCACC